AUGGAGGCGAUAAGGAUCGGAAUGCAUUUCAGCACAAGACCACGCGAGCUAUAUCUCAUUGGGAUUGGCACGGGCCAUUCAGUUGCACCCGCAAUGCACAAUUAUAUCGCGAAAUCCCUUCAGCUUCCCUGGACCUUCCGUACCAAAGAGUGCUCCACGAUCGAAGAAUGUAUGAACCUUUUGCGAUCAGAUAUUUGUGCUGGGGCUUCUGUUACUAUGCCCUAUAAAGGCGAGAUCUUAGGAGAACUCAACGAGGUGGAUGAACUUGCAAGAACUCUGGCAGCAUGUAAUACGGUGUGUGUAUACCAUACUACGACAGGUCGCAAACUUAUGGGCACCAAUGUCGAUUGGUGUGGCAUUUCCGGAUCUCUUUUAGAGGCUUCCAUCAAACAGCCCUUACCGUCUCGCAAAACUGCACUUGUCAUCGGUGCUGGCGGUGCCGCGCGAGCCGCACUCUAUGCACUUUCAUCGCAACUAGGCUGUCAUCAUGUAUACAUUUUGAAUAGAGAUGAGAAUGAGGUGCUGGGUCUCAAGCGAGAUGUCGACAAGCAUUAUGACUCUCCGCCUCAUAUCACACAUGUCAGAUCCAUAAAAGAUGCUCAAGCACUGCUGACACCCGCCUAUAUCAUCGGUACUGUACCGGACUCCGAGCCGGUCACGGCAGAGGAGAAAUUAUUGAAAAUUCUACUUACGGAAUUCCUUGGGCGAUCAGAGAAAGGAGUUCUACUUGAUAUGUGUUAUAAACCCAGGCGAACAAGGCAUAUCAUACUGGGCCAAUCAUACAAAUGGCGGACAGUUGAAGGCACCCAUGUCAUUGGCCAUCAGGCGGAGCGCCAGUGGAGAGCAUGGGUAGGAGAUGAUGGUCUUCAAAUACCCGACAAGCAAGGAAUGUGGAAAUGUUUGCAGCAAGCUGCUAACGAAAGCAUGAUUGUCAAUCCAAGGCCCGAUAGAGGAGGCAUCUCGGUCAUCUAG